AUGGACCGCAUGGACCGCAUGGACCGCAUGGACCGCAUGGACCGCAUGGACCGCAUGGACCGCAUGGAAAGAAGGUAUUCUGAAGCACGGAUACCAGACCUCCAGCCGCCAAGACGUGUAGAGGCGAUAAAGGCAUGUAUCCAGAACUUUGCAAAAUGGGCGUUUGACAGUGUAGAGAUCUAUGCCUUCGGCUCGUCGGUGAAUGGCUUUGGGGAUGAUUCUUCAGAUGUAGACCUGGUCGUGUCGAUUCCUGAGGAGGAACUCAGGAGGAUCUGGAAGAAAACGCCUCGGAGGGAUUUGGCCCGGUUUGCUUUGCAAGAUCUCUCGGAAUGGUUCAGGGAGAAGGCUCAGGGACAAAUCGACGUGUUGGAGGAAGUCCUGGGUGCCAAGGUACCGAUCUUGAAGCUGAACGUAGGUGGAGUUGAGUGUGACUUGUCGUGCAACAACCUCCUUCCAGUCUUCAACUCCCAACUGCUCCGGCUUUAUGCGGACAAAGAACCUCGCGUAGUCCAGCUAGCGCAGGAAGUGAAGUCCUGGGCACGUAAAGAGGGAGUGCAUGGAGCGUUUAUGGGGCAGCUAUCUUCCUACUCCUUUGUGCUGCUGACCAUUUUCUACAUGCAGAAUAGAGGAGCCUUGCCAUGCUUGCAAAAAGCUGCAAUAGGGGAGCCUUCUGAAUUGUAUUACUACGAGAGAAACAAGGAGUUCAAUGUUUGGAUGAAUUUCGAUGCUGAGCCAGCGCCGGGAGAUAUGGCUGGCAAAGCCGUGGGAACCCUGAGUGACUUUGCCUGGUUCAUGACUCAGGAGAAGGGCUUUGUCUGGGGCGAGCACGUGGUCUCGGUGCGCGAGGGAUGUAUCCUCAGUUUGGAUGACUUCCCGCAGCUGUCCAUUCGGCAUGUUAUCGAUGACGUAACUUUGCACAUCGAGGAUCCUUUCGACGUAAGUCGAAACCUGACCUGCGUCUUUGGACACAACGCGAACAGGAAUUUGUGGUGGGCCUUGGACCGCUUGGCUCGUGCUACUGCUUCCCCUUCUGGAGAGUUAAGGUCUUUCACUUUCGAGACAGAUGAAACUUCUCCGGUCGAAAGACAACAAACUCCUGACGACAGAGACGAACGUACUCGGGUCUUCGCCCAGCCCAGCUAG